ACUCUCUCUCUCACACACACACACACACACACACACUUUCUCUCUGUCUCUGACAUCUCUGAGGCUCGGCUUGUCCUUUUUCUUUCUCCCCGUCACAGCGAGAUGUUUUGCAGCGUCCGUGUUUUAUUAUAGUGUCCGAUUGUGGGAUUGUUUCAGAACGGUUGUUGCUGGAACUCGUCACAGCAGAUACAAUGAAGCUGCAUGUGAGCUGGCUGGUGUUGCUGCUCGGGCUGCACUGUGUUUGGUCUCAACAAGAAGAUUAUGAGGAAGACUAUGAGGAAGAAGAAACAGAAGAGAGGAUCAUCAGGAAAAAAGCUAAAAGCAAACUUCUCACACCGAACUUCACACCAAAGAACAACGCUCAGACGCUCACGAAUGACUGCAGUCUUGAGCUGGCAUUUCUUCUGGACAGUUCCGAAAGUGCCAAGGACAACCAUGGCCAGGAGAAGCGUUUCGUCACAGAAGUGGUUGAGCGCAUCCAGAACAUGCACCUCCAGAGCGGCCGCAGCCUGAGUUUCAGAUCUGCACUGCUUCAGUACAGCAGCCACGUGAUACCUGAGCAGACCUUCAGCCAGUGGAGGGGCGUGGCCAACUUCAAAGCCAACAUCGCACCCAUUCCCUACAUUGGGCAAGGCACGUACGUGACGUACGCCAUCACAAACCUCACACACCUCUACCUGAACGAAUCAGGAACCGGAAACGUCAAAGUGGCUGUGUUGCUCUAUGAUGGAGAGUCACAUCCAAAAAAUCCAGACUUAUUUUCAGCUGUGGCUGAUGCCAAGAACCAAGGGGUUCGUUUUUUUGUCAUUGGAGUCACGCCUGCUGCCAGAGAGACGUCCAAAUUGGCUCAGCUGAGGAUGCUGGCUGGUUCUCCAACAACACGCUACUUACACAACCUGCAGGAUAAAGACAUCGUCAAGAAGAUCAUUAAAGAGCUGAUGGCGCUGGCAGAUGAGGCGUGUCCUUUGGAGAAGAGAUGUGUGUGUGAGAAAGGAGAGAGAGGACCAAGCGGCCCAGCUGGGAAAAGAGGUCGACCAGGAGAUGAUGGAAGUCCAGGGCCAAAAGGACAAAAGGGUGAGAGCGGAUUUCAAGGGCUGCCAGGGCAAACCGGCUCAGAGGGCAAAUCAGGAAGUAGAGGAGAUAAGGGAGAGAGAGGUGAAUGUGGGAUGCCUGGUGUCAAAGGAGACAGAGGUCCUGAGGGUCCAGUGGGCGUCAGUGGAAACCGAGGACUGCAGGGUUUGCCUGGACCUAAUGGUGACCCUGGACCCCGGGGAACACCGGGACACAAAGGGGAGAGAGGCUUUCCUGGACCACCUGGGCUUAUGGGUGAAACUGGAAUUGGUAUUGCUGGACCAAAGGGUGAGAUGGGACUUCAGGGCAGAGCUGGACCUCCCGGACCACCAGGACUCGGAGAACCUGGCCUACCAGGGCCUCAGGGGCCACAAGGAGUGCAGGGAGAUAAAGGACCUCCAGGAGAGGGAUUACCUGGGCCAAAGGGAGAGAGGGGACCAGAGGGUCAGAGGGGACCGCGAGGACAGACUGGACCUGGAAUUAAAGGAGACAAGGGUGACUAUGGAAAUCCUGGGUUACCUGGACCAGCUGGGCUUCCUGGAUUUGCUGUACAAGGAGAAAAGGGAGCUGAAGGACCACGUGGACCCCCAGGAUUCAGAGGCCCACCAGGAGAAGGUUAUCCAGGACCAAAGGGUGAUCAGGGAUUACCAGGAGAAGUUGGAGCACCAGGACUGAGUGGAGUAGGAGAACCAGGACCAAAGGGUGAACCAGGAGCUACGGGGUUAUCAGGGUUACCUGGGUUACCUGGAGAGGACGGUGCGCCCGGACAAAAGGGGGAGCCUGGUGUUCCAGGUUCAAAAGGACCAGAGGGAGCAGCAGGGGUUGGAACACAAGGAGAAAAAGGAGAUCAGGGGCAAAGAGGAGUCCGUGGAUUAGCAGGACCUCCGGGAAUCACUGGACCAUCUGGACCAAAAGGUGAACCAGGAGCAUCAGGACGUCUCGGCUUACCCGGACCUCCAGGACGUACAGUAACUGGAGCGAAGGGUGACGCAGGUCCACCAGGUCCUCCAGGGCCAUUGGGGGAAACAGGAUAUGGACUUCCUGGGCCAAAGGGCGAUCGUGGGGAAGCAGGUCUUCCUGGUCCAUUUGGGCCAAAAGGAGAUGGCUACCCUGGUCCACCGGGUCCUCCUGGGCUUCCCGGGCUUCCUGGAGAGCCCGGUCCAGAAGGGUUGGGUCUGCCAGGACCAAAGGGUGAUAUUGGGUUUAGAGGUUUGCCAGGGCCACCAGGACCACCAGGAGAGGGACUGCAAGGACCAUCAGGCAACACGGGAAGGCCGGGACCAUCUGGUCCACCAGGACCUCCAGGGCAGGGGAUACAAGGGCCGAAGGGUGAGUUUGGAGCUCAGGGCAUGGUCGGACCAAGAGGACCACCUGGAGAGGGUCUUCCAGGGUCAAAGGGUGAUCGUGGUGCUCAAGGGGAUCGAGGCCAGAAAGGGGUCAAAGGUGACAGUGGGGAUCCUGGAGCAUCAGGCCAACCCGGUCGACAGGGAGCAAAAGGAGAGUCAGGUCUGACGAGAGAAGACGUUAUCAGAAUGAUACGAGAAAUAUGCGGAUGCGGGAUUAAAUGUAAGGAGCGUCCAAUGGAGCUGGUAUUUGUGAUUGACAGCUCAGAGAGUGUUGGCCCUGAGAACUUUGAGAUCGUUAAGGACUUUGUGACGGCUCUGGUAGAGCGAGUGACGGUGGGAAACAGUGCCACACGAGUCGGCCUCGUGCUCUACAGCCUGGAGGCUCGGCUAGAGUUCGAUCUCGCCAGAUAUGCCACGAAGCGUGACGUCAAACAUGCCGUACGUAGGAUGACGUACAUGGGCGAGGGUACAUACACAGGCACAGCCAUCCGCAAAGCCACUCGUGAGGCCUUCCGCAAUGCUCGCUCCGGGGUCGCCAAGGUGAUUGUUGUCAUCACUGAUGGACAGACAGAUGAGCGUGACUCUGUUAAGCUGGAGAUCGCAGUGCGGGAGGCGCACGCUGCCAAUGUUGAGAUGUUUGCUUUGGGCAUUGUGAAUGCCAGUGAUCCAGCACAAGCCGAGUUUCUCCGGGAGCUUGAUCUCAUCGCCUCAGACCCCGAUAGUGAACAUGUCUUUCAGAUAGAUGACUUUAAUACCCUACCAGCGCUGGAAUCUAAAUUGGUCAGUCAGUUCUGCGAGGAUGAGAACGGCGACAUCUUUAACCGCAUUAAUGGCAAUGGAUAUAAUAACCAUCUCAACCGCAACAAUGGUGUCCUGUAUGAGUCUGAUAACAAUGGAAACCGCAUCAGCAAUGGUGGAUAUUAUAACGGAAACAAUGUAGACCCAACACACACCAGGACACACUCUGGAACACAUUCUGGUACUUAUACACACACUGGGACACACACCGGUAUUCACAGUGGGACUCACGCUGGAACUCACAGUGGGACACACACCAGUACUCACAGUGGGACUCACACUGGAACUCACGGUGAGACACACAUCGGUACCCACAGUGGAGGACACAUCGGAACUCACAGUGCAACACACUCCAGUACCCACAGUGGGGGACACACCGGUGUCCACAAUGAGACACACAUAGGAACUUUCAGUGGAACACAUACUGUUACCCACAGUGGGGGUCACACCAGUACCCACAAUGAGACACACACAGGAACUCACAGUGGGACACACACUGUCUUAAUCAGUCAUGGAGGUGGAAGAGGCGAUAGUCUUCCAGUACCUGUCCCUCCAGGGGUACCACACACCACAGAUAUCCAUACAGAUGGCAGCAAAGAGCACAGCAAUAGGGGAGAUGUUCCAUCGUACAACAGACCAUCUACACACGGCAGACCUUCAUCAUCAACCGUAAUCACAUCGUCCACUUCGGUGCAUUACAUUCCUGCCCCACGACCUCCUUUACCUAAAGAAAUCGUGCCCCUGGAUCCGCUCUGUGAGCUGGUCCUGGAUCAGGGUUCGUGUCGUGAUUACAGCAUACGCUGGUACUACGACCGCACCGCUAACGCAUGUGCGCAGUUCUGGUAUGGAGGUUGUCAUGGCAACCGCAACCGAUUCGAUACCGAGGACGAGUGCAAGAAGACCUGUGUGGUGCCACGAAUAGGAGGAUGAGGAUCAUCGAGGAUGCUGAUAACGUGACUGCUAUUAACUGUUAAAAUAUCUUCUAUACCUCAUCAGUCAAUCUACCUGAGAGAUGUGCAUGUAAAUGGCUUCAACGCGUUUCUUUAUUCACAGUGUUAACAUUCAUCAGCUCCUCAGCAGUGUUGUGUUGUGUAAAUACUUUAUAUCCUUAUAUAUGUACUGGAAUAAACAGCAGGAUUUUAGAGCAGCACCUGAAAACAGAGACCAGGGGCAAAGCUAAAUAUCUGAGUGAACCAUCAGAACUGUGUUUACUGCGUCAAACGCCAAUUUCUAGUCUUGUUUUUAAAUUCUCAAUUCUGAUUGGUCAAAAGCUGUUGAUUCAUUUUCUCUAACAGGUUCAUAUUAAUGUGCUUGUUAUGAUACAUUCCUAUUUUAUUUCUAUUUUAGCAACUUGUAAUACAGGGACUUUAUAUAUGUUCAGGUAAAAUCAGUUUUUAAAAAAAACUUAGAAUUGUUGAGAGUUUUCUGUGAGGAGAUGGUUAUUUAGUUGUAGUUUUUGUGUUUGGAAUUCUGCCCUCUGAUUGGACGAGACGUCUGUCACUCAGGAUCUACAGGAAGUAGCUGCAGCAGUAAAAAGUGUAUUGGUGUGUGUAUGAAUACAGCUCUGCUCUUAUAGCGCUCCUUACAUCCUUUCAUCUGGAAUAGUUUUAGUCUUCCAAACAAAGGUGUGUUUUUAGAGAUUGCAAACUUGCCAUGAUACGCUAUGAGUAUAUCCAAGAACACGCCAUAUGAGCGUCCUUCCUCAGAGUAGCGCUGAAUGAAGUCCAUUUUCUCCUUGCUUGCCAGUGGAAAUUUACAAGAAAUGUAAAUGUACAAGAAAUAAAGUUACACAAUACCCUACUUCUUUUAUAUCCUGAGUGACAGAGGUCUCAUCCAAUCAGCGGUAAGAAUUCCAUUCGCAAACUAUACCUACCUUUUCCGCUUUGUCAAACUGAACAAAUGUUUUCUUACUGAAACUCAGAAACUCAAAGCUGAAAGAAAAUCAAAGUUUACAAAUCAGAAUUCUGACUUCAGCUCAUAAAUACGAUCUUUCCGACAUGAUUUGAGUUGCCAUACUUAUCUAUCUUUCAGCCAGAACAGACCCUGAUUUCCAUCACGUGAUCUAUUCAAUUCAAUUUUAUUUGUAUAGAGCUUUUAACAAUGGACAUUGUCUCAAAGCAGCUUUACAGAACAUAAGACAUAUAGUACUAAACGUUCAAGAUUAAUAUUAGACUUGAAUUUAUUUGUAUUUAUCCCUAAUGAGCAAGCCUGAGGUGACUGUGGCGAGGAAAAACUGCCUGAGAUGAUAAGAGGAAGAAACCUCGAGAGACGCAAAAGGGAACCUCAUCCUCAUUUGGGUGACACCAGAGAGUGUGAUUAUAAAUGAUUAUAAACACCAGAGAGUGUGAUUAUGAAGAAUGUCCUUUAGUCACAUAAAGUCAGUUGGAGUUGUGUAUCCAGGAGCUCCUGAGCAACUCAUAAAUGAUCUCAACACCUGAGUUCAUUAUAGAUUUAACACCAACUUCUCCAUGCAGAAGCCUUCAGCCGCUCAAUGAUGGAGAUGAAUAUUAUUUUGUGUAUUGAUUAGGAGUUUGUUAUUCUCAAACCCCACAUGGAGUUGGCAUCUUCUCUUCAAAUGUCCGAUCUAACUGAAUGAAAUUGGCUUAGUACUUGAUAACUGACUUUUUGCUUUACAGGGAUAUUUAUACGUCUUUCUCUUCGUAAUGCCUUAUGUCCUGUGUGUUACGAUCAUCAGAACAGCUGUGAACAAGCAGUGUUUGAUUAUUAACAAGGAUAUAAAGAUUUUGUUAUUUGUCUGUAGACUUGUUUGUAUUAAUCUAGCUUUAAUGCCUGAAUAUUUUGUAAUAAAAAGGUUU